UUCCACUAACUUAAGAGUAAAACUAUUCCUCUUGAAAUGAUAAGAUACAUAUGUAGUAGCUACUGGUGAAGAUUAGUUAGAUCGCUUAUCAACAUUUGAAAUUGGGAAGGGUGGACAUUUAUAAAAGAACUUCCCCACGGGGAAGGUGGAACUAGUUUACUUCAAAAUGUCGCGUUGGGACCCCGAAUCGCGAACUUGGCACGGGCCAAGCCAACCGCCGAUCGUAAAUCCUCAAGCUAGCUUGGGUCAGGUGGUGUUGAAUCUGCUGGAACGUACCCCGGAUAAGGUGUUCCAAAUAUGUGCCGAUACCGAGGAAGUUUACACCUGUGGCCAAGUACGAAAUCUGGCGAUCCACGUGGCCCUCAAUUUGCAGAAGAAGUAUGGUCUGAAGAAAGGUGAUGUGGUCAGCAUGAUAGUGACCAAUAAAGCUUGCGUAACACCUUUGGUUUUCGGGUGUUUCUUGUUGGGGACUCCUAUCCAUACCUUGGAUGCAUCCUUCGAAGAGCACGAUCUGAUGCAUAUGUUUAAGAUUACGAAACCGAAGUUGGUGUUUUGUGAAUCGGGGAACUUGAAAACUAUACAAAAUUCUUUGGAAUCUUUGAAUAUAAACGCAACUAUUUUGUCACUGGGUGAAGUUUCAGUUCUAGAUGAGCUUUUUGAACCAUUGGAAGCAGAGAAAUCAUACAGACCACCUUAUCUGGGUAAUUCGGAUACAACUUUGGCAGUCAUAGUGUGUUCCUCGGGUAGUACGGGUUUCCCGAAAGCGGUCUGUCUAAGCCACUCGCAGCUGAUAGCACCUCACUCGUGGACCAGUCAUCUUGGAGACCACAUACUUCUCUGCUUCAGUUCGUUGUACUGGAUUUCGGCGUUCCAUAUGUUAAUGGCAACGGUCCUGAACGGCGGCAAACGGAUCACGACUUCGAAACCUUUUAGUGCUCAAUACGCGUACCGGUUGAUCGAAAAGUACCAGGUGUCCUAUGUCUUCACACCUCCCUCGCUACUUGCAGAAAUGGUAGAAUUUUGUGAACCCAGUGGAAUGCGUCUUCCUUCGCUGAAGAUUGUCGGAUGUGGUGGAAGCAGCUUACCGGGUGUGCUGAAGGACCGCGCCAACGCUUUGCUAAAGCCAACCGGUCAGGUUUAUGUUGGCUACUCGAUGAGUGAAUUCGGAGCCGUUGUAGCAAUAGAUCUGUUUGGGAAGCCGAACUCAGCUGGAGUUCUAAUGCCGAAUGUUUCGGCGAGGAUUGCUGACGACUCCGAAAGUCUUCUGGGACCGGAACAGGAAGGUGAGAUCCAAAUACUCUACACUCAUCCCUUCAUCGGGUACUACGGCAAUGAGGAGGCAACUCGGGCCUUGCUCACCGAAGAUGGUUUUAUACGCACCGGAGAUAUCGGACGCUUCGACGACGAAGGCUACCUAACUAUUACGGAUAGGAAAAAGGAAAUGAUCCGCUAUCGAGGCUACCAAAUAGCUCCGGCCGAGCUGGAAGCACUACUCCUGGCGAUCGAGGGAAUCCGGCACGCGGCAGUGGUGGCCAUUCCGGAUCCGGUUCCGCCGCAUGUUGACUUUGCAACGGCUCUUUUGGUGAAAAAUCAACAGACUGGGUGCAGUCUUGAGGAGGAAGAAAUUUUGAGCACGAUCAAUAGUCAAGUGCCGGACUAUAAAAAGCUGCGAGGUGGUGUUUACUUCGUGGAUUCUUUGCCACGAACGGCCAACGGGAAGGUGAACCGUAGGGAAGCGAAGAAAUUGGCGCUGAAGGUUGCCCAGCUAGAGAAAUGAGACUAGUGUUUUAAGCAAGGAAUUAGUCUAGUUUAAAUUAACAUCUGAUCAUGAAUAAACCAAUUCUUGGAAUUUACUUAUAAACAUAUUUUGACGAUCGAUGUAACUACAUUCAACUGAUGAAAUAAUCAGAAUAAUGUACUGAGUAUGUUCACAAAAUUGUGAGUCCUCGGUCGUCGUACUCUAGAAAACAUCUGUCAAAUUGUAAAUACACACUAACGUCUGUCGCUCAUAAGAAUACACCAAUGCCUGACUGUUGGAUUCAUCUACCACUUUUCCGUUGAAAUACUUUUUUUGGAAAGACUAUUGAGGGACAGCUACAAAUUGAACUUUCCGAACGAGUAGCGCGUAAAAUUGAUGUAACAUUAAAGGACAUCCUAAUUAGAAGACAUCUUACAGUAUCACAGUUUUUUAUCGAGCAACCAAUCAAAUCAAGCAAUAUAUUUCUUCGAAAUUAAUAGAUUUUUCAAGGACUUUCGAAGUGCUCUCCGUAAAGCGGAUAUCUACUUGAAAGCACAUGUCUACUCCCACCUCAAAGAUUAUUAUAGUGACAAAAACGAACAAGAGAAAUGGUAAAAAUGUAACGUAAGAGUUCAGGAACAAAACCAACUGUCGUGCUCACUAUCAGAACCACUCAUUUUCACUUGUUUUUUCACAGCUUACAAUUAAGCACCCAAUUUUUUUUUUCAGUAAUACCUAUAGUCACAACCGUCUUUCCUGAAACUCGUUUACUGAAUGAUCGCAAUCCCUUUUUUUUCAUUCCUUCUCAUUCUGGCAUGUGUGUAAGGUUUUUUUUUUAAUAUUUCUCAACCUGUCGAUUUACAUAAACCGGACUGUUCAGUGUUCUUUUAAAAUCG